CGACAUGUUCACGUCAGUCACUUAGUUGACGAGCGAGAGAUUCGAAGUAAAACGCCAUGGGGACCGUAAAGGCCGGUUAUCUCAACAAACUAAGCGGUUUCUUCAAGAAUUCUUGGAAGAGAAGAUACUUCGUUCUAUACCAAGAUGGCGUAUUCUGUUAUUACCAAGACUCAAAGGAUAAGGAAUGUGACGGUAAAAUCCACAUGAAAACAGAAUGCCGACGAAUAAACGUUGGCCAAGCCGUUGGAGAAGGAGUAAAGCCUCCUAAGGACAAUGAUUUAAAUGCCAUGUUCUGUGUUUCUUCGCCCGAACGGACGUGGUAUCUCUACGCAGAGAGCGAGAGGGAAGCAAGAGAUUGGAUUUCAGUCUUAGAACAAGCUAGGGUUCCACUUAUGUAUGGUGGUCAACAGAACCCUCCUAUGGCUGGUUCCUACCCUCCAUACAGUGCUCCUAGCACUGCUGGAUAUGGAACAACAGCACCUCCUCGUUAUGGAGCAACAGGACCUUCCGCAGGGUAUGGUGCAGCAAUGCCUCCUGCUGGGUAUGGUACAGCAUCACGCCCUCCACCAAUUGGUUUUAAUCCUUCAGUUGUUCAAGGAGCAGCACCAUCUGGUCCCCCUCCGCCAUAUUCUCAGGGCCCUCCACAGCCCCAAGCAGCAUAUAGCCAGCCACCACCUUAUCCCCGAGGGCCACCAGGAGCAGGAUAUGGACCUCCCUCUUACCCUCCUGCUAAUGCCCCACAACAGCCAGGUUAUCCAACACAGCCCCAUCCCUACCCACAGCAGCCACCAGCAAUGUACCCACAGCAAGCCCCUGGACCUUACCACCCAACCCCUCCUCCUGGUCACUAUCCACAGCAGGCGUACUAUCCCUCCCAAGGCACAACAUACGUGCAGGGUGGCAAGCCACAGACUGUCUAUGUUCAACAGCCUCCUCAGCAGCAUCACAGCGGAAGGAACAAAAUGAUGAUGGGAGCUGCUGCUGGUGUUGUUGGCGGAGCGGCAAUGGGUUAUAUGCUGGGUCAUACUGUAGGAGGGAUUGGGCAUCAUGGCUUUGGGGGGUGGGGAUCUGACCAUUCAUGGUCUUCAGGAGGAAGUUUUGACUGUGGUUUUGACUGAAAAAAAUAAUUAUUCCGUGUAAGUUUAGGUCAAAAGACAUUUGUUCUUCCAUUAAAGUGCUUAACAGUCAAAGAUAAAAAGAGAAAACAAUGGGAUGACUAGUUUUCUUAAAUUUUUUUAUAUGUUGCCAUGAAUGAUAGAACAGGUGGCUAUGACCACAACCAGGCUUAUACAAAUACUACAACAAAAAUUUCAGAUUUGCAGUAAGACCACUAAUAAGGGGUUUGAAAGCAGUGGCCACUGAACCCCAUUUAUAAUCAACAAUGUCUACCGGUAAUUGCUUAAGAACUAUUUCACGGGUUAGGUGCAAUUACUUUUAAGACUAAUAACUUUUUACAAAGACUCUGAAGUCAGGGAAGUAUGUCACCAUUUUAUGCAGUGCAAAAAAACUGUUAUUUAUUUUACCUUUGUGGUAACUUGAUUAUAAUUAUUUAUCUUGAAGUAUUAUCUUCAAAGAUAAGGAUGGAAGGUGCUUUCUGCGAAUCGUCAUUUCUCUAACGGGAGGCAGUUGACCUUUUCUAAGGAAUCUGCUCACCCUUCCACCUAUUGCAAAAUGACUAUUGAUGGAAUGAGUCAUUUGUAGCUUUUUAUCUCCCAAUGACUUUAUUGAACUUUCAUAUAAUUAUUGUACAAAGUCAGAAUAUAGAGUCGAAAAAAAAAAGAGCAAGAUAGAAAGCUGUUACCCUUGGUCAACUAGACUAAGUGUGCAAUUAAGAAAUAUCAGAUACAAUUUACAUAGAGUGCAUGACCACUAAGAACCAUUUAGAGUAAAAACAUUUAUCACUUUAUUUCAAUUUACCCUGUGAAUAAAUUAUUGUUAGCUUGGCCUUCACCUUUAUGGUGAUGUUAAACUCGGUUCAGGUAGGCUUACAAUGAGAAAUGAUAUAGAUCUUGAACAAAAGGCAAAUUCUUUUGGUGGUGGCCCAGAAUAUUAAGAUGUUAAAUGGUAUUUCAGGGUUGUAGAUAAGAGCCAGCAGCUGGCGAAUUACACCGGCUUCUUUGCAAGGUUUCACUGGCUACUUUCAUUGCUUUGAGAGCCUGUACAGAGAUGAUGUUUAUCAGGUCUAAACUUGGGCUCAAUAAAAAUAUAAAUUUGCAA